AUGAAAAGCCCAUCUAAACUUCAGAAUAGUUCCUAUCGAGAUUUGCGAUUUGAGGCACAGUUAAAAAAGUCUCGUAUUUCUCCGGGAACGGAAACGAAAUCCCUAGACAUGGCGGAGAAGCUUGCGCCAGAGAAGCGACACGAUUUCGUUCACAAUGGGCAAAAGGUGUUUGAAUGGGAUCAAACAUUAGAAGAAGUGAACAUGUACCUAAAUCUGCCGCCAAAUGUUCAUCCAAAGGCUUUCCACUGCAAAAUACAGUCGAAACAUAUCGAAGUUGGCAUCAAAGGCAACCCUCCUUUUCUCAACCACGAUCUAAGUGCCCCUGUGAAGACGGAUUGCUCGUUCUGGACUCUAGAGGAUGAUAUAAUGCACAUUACACUUCAGAAGAGGGAGAAAGGGCAGACAUGGGCAUCUCCCAUUCUGGGACAGGGUCAGUUGGAUCCUUACGCCACUGAUCUUGAGCAGAAGCGACUCAUGCUCCAGAGGUUUCAAGAAGAGAAUCCAGGAUUCGACUUUUCGCAAGCUCAGUUCUCGGGUAACUGUCCAGAUCCGAGGAGCUUCAUGGGAGGCAUUCGUUCCGACUAA